AUGAAUUCCUGGCCAAGCUUUCUCAUCAUCGUUGUUUGUGUCGGAGCCUGGGCGCUCAUGAGGCUCCUCCGUCCCCUUGUUCUCAGGGAAGCUGUCUCGAUUGGCAGUCUUCGGCAUUAUCCGCACACUUGGCCCCUCGGUCUUGACCUCGUAUGGCAGCUAUGGAUGGACUUCCACAGUGGCCGAUUUUCAGAAGGAAUACGCUGCCGGCAUGUUCUCUAUGGUUCAACAUUUUCUGCCAACAUCCUAGGCAACAACCACAUCUACACAAUCGAGCCCCAAAAUAUUCACACCAUCGUCACCAGCCGCGAAUCACACAACUUCGAAAAGUCCGAAUGGGCUUCCGAGGCUGCCAAGCAUAUCGGAAACGGCAUACUCUUGAACGAAGGAGAAGCUUGGAAACUCUCCAGGAUGAUGUUGAGACCCAUGUUCGCCACCAAUUCGGUAGAUGAACCUACGCUUAUGGAACCCCACGUCAGAAGACUCAUAGCACAUAUGGUGGCCUUGAGCGAGUGUGAGGGGGUUUUCGAAUUUCAUAGGCUGGCUGACAUGCUCAUGCUGGAUGUUGUUACGGAUUUCCUGUUUGGGAAAUCCACGGGCUGCUUGGAAUCCCCAAGGCGUCCAGCGGGAGAGGACGGAGUCGACUUUCUGGCCCUUGUUAGAACCUUUGACGGCCCUUCAGCCAGCUUCAUAGCCCUUGGUGCGCCAGCGAGGGUCAAGUUGCUAUUUUCCAGCGGCCGGCUAAACGAGAUGGUGGUCGGAAUGAAAGCCUUCUUUGAAAGAAAGUUGGCAGACAUCAUGGCAGACGCGGAGGGCUCCCCGGCUCGAACAUCGGCCUGGAGCGUGUUCAGGAUGAUGAAAGCCCGAAACAUCCCCGACGAGCAGAUUCAGGGCGAGCUGCAGAACAUCUUUUUCGCCAGUUGGGACACCACCUCAGGCCUCCUAGCAAACACGGUCUACGCCCUGCUGAGACACCAUCACGUCCAGGCCCGGCUGCGAGAAGAGAUCUCGUCUCUACAAGGGAAGCCCCCAACGAGACAGGAACUCAACAGUAUGAAGUAUUUGCGAUUGGUGGUCAAGGAAGGCUCGCAUGACCUAUCACCUCUCCGUCUCUACUCGCCGGUCACAAUGCACUCGCGCAGGGCCAAAGCCGACACCACCCUCCCACGAGGAGGUGGCCAAGACGGCCAAAGCCCCAUCGCCGUCAGAGCGGGGACGACCGUCGCGUGGUCCACGUACUCGCUGAACCGUGAUCCACGGUGGUACGGUCAAGACUGGGCCGAGUACAGGCCUGAACGAUGGGCCAGUCUGAUCGGGUCCAGGGCCACCCAUUCCACGGCUGACACUGCAGGAGAGGGUGGCACAAGCACUGACACUGGUGCCGAUGAAGAACAAAUCGGCGGUAGCGAGACCAGGAGGAACUUCUUCAUGCCGUUCGGAUCAGGACCCCGCGCGUGUCUCGGCCAGCAGAUGGCCCAGGCUGAGGUUUCGUAUGUGAUUGUGCGGCUUCUGCAGGAAUUCCCGUCUCUGAUGGGGAUGAGGGAGGCGGCCGAGCACACGUCGUUCAGGGAGGCCAAGGCAGUCUCGUUCUGUAAUGCGGAUGGGGUCUGGGUUUCUGUGAAUCGAGACAGGCAUCGCGAGCUGGGACAAAGCAACUGA